CAUUUAAUUAGUCCCUCAAGCUUCUCUCUUCUCCUUCUCGUUGCUUCCUAAACAUUUUACAUCCCCUCCUCUGUCUUCCUUCUCCUAGCACACACUCUCUCCAUGGCCUCCAUAGCCUUUUCCAGCUUUGUUUCUCAAUCAGACUGCACCGGUAUGGCUUCGGCAUGGUCCAGUCACAAGGCAAAAGAAGGAUCGUUUACCCGGAAAAACGUUAUAGUUUGCAGAAGGCAUGACCAAGUGGUACGGCGUGUGGCAACUCGACCUCCUGCCAUCACGAUUCCGUUACCUGAGAAGGAGAGGGCAACCACUAAAUCUCCAGAAAGGAGUCAUGUUGCCUGGACAAGCAUUAGGCAUCCCCGGUGGGAGGGCGAGCUCACCGUGGAAGGAGAGAUACCACUCUGGCUGAAUGGGAUCUACCUAAGAAAUGGCCCGGGCCUAUGGCACAUAGAUGACUACAACUUCCGGCACCUAUUCGAUGGAUAUGCCAUGAUGGUGAAACUGCAGUUUGAAAACGGCCGAUUAGUGGCAGGUCAUCGGCAGAUUGAGUCAGAGGCUUACAAGGCAGCCAUGAAGAACCGCAGGCUGUGCUACCGAGAGUUCUCCGAGGUUCCUAAGCCGGGCAACUUCCUAUCCUAUGUGGGGGAACUGGCGAGCCUGUUCUCCGGCGCUUCCCUGACCGAUAAUUCUAACACUGGAGUGGUAGGACUCGGGGAUGGGAGGGUUGUGUGCCUGACUGAGACCCAGAAGGGAUCGAUCAUGAUCAACCCCGUCACUCUAGAAACAAUAGGGAAGUUCGAGUACAGCGACUCCCUGGGAGGACUGAUACACUCGGCUCACCCAAUCGUAACGGAUUCGGAGUUCUUAACUCUGUUACCAGACCUGAUAAACCCUGGGUACCUGGUAGUAAGGAUGGAGCCGGGGUCGAAUGAGAGGAAGGUGAUUGGCCGGGUCAACUGCCGGGGCGGUCCAGCCCCGGGGUGGGUGCACUCGUUCCCCGUGACGGAGAACUACAUUAUUGUUCCGGAAAUGCCCUUGAGGUACUGUGCGCAAAAUCUACUAAGGGCCGAGCCCACGCCGCUGUACAAGUUCCAGUGGCACCCUGAAUCUAAAGCAUAUCUUCAUGUCAUGUGCAAGACCAGUGGCAAAAUUGUUACAAGCGUGGAGGUUCCAUUGUUUGUGACCUUCCACUUCAUAAAUGCGUAUGAGGAGAGGGACGAGGACGGGAGGGUCGUCGCAGUGAUAGCAGACUGCUGUGAGCACAAUGCCGACACCACCAUCCUCGACAAGCUCCGCCUCCAGAACCUCCGGUCCUACUCUGGCAGCCAUGAUGUCCUCCCUGAUGCCCGGGUUGGAAGGUUCACAAUACCGUUGGAUGGGAGCCCGUACGGGAAGCUGGAGGCAGCGUUGGACCCGGACGAGCAUGGGAGGGGCAUGGACAUGUGCAGCAUCAACCCUGCGGUCUUGGGGAAAAAGUACCGAUAUGCCUAUGCUUGUGGGGCACGACGUCCUUGCAACUUCCCUAACACCCUCACCAAGAUCGAUCUUGAGAAGAAGAUAGCAAAUAACUGGCACGAAGAGGGUGCAAUUCCAUCAGAGCCAUACUUUGUGGCUCGGCCAGGGGCGACCAAGGAAGACGAUGGUGUCGUCAUCUCAAUGAUUAGUCAGAAAAAUGGAGAAGGGUACGCACUAUUGCUGGAUGCGUCCACUUUCGAGGAGAUUGCAAGAGCAAAGUUCCCUUAUGGGCUUCCAUAUGGGCUCCAUGGAUGUUGGGUCCCAAAGAACCACAACAAACCCUAGAAAAAGAAGUUUAUAAUUUUUAUAUAUAGGGUCAUAUAUAUCCAAAUUAUUAUGAAUAUAUAUUUUCUUCCCUUUUUUAUUCUUACGAAAUAUAUUGUGUAUGGUGUAUAUCUAGAUUUUCUUUCAGUGUAUUGAAUGUUCAUAGGGCGUGAUGGAUAAACGCUAUAGCAAGUAGAGUCGCUAUUACUUAUUUUGUGUUGGAGUAAUUAAUUUUGAUGCCAAAGAUUAUCUAUC